CGCGAAGCAUGAAAGCGUUCUAGGAAUAAGUGCCCCAAAGGCGUCUCCAUCAGGCGUCUCCAUCGGAAAAGCGGAGGAUCAGUGGGACCGCACUACACCCCACUGCAUCCGUACGGUCGUACGGGUUGUUCCUUUGUGUGAGUUGGCUUAUGUGUGUGUGCGGGAGUGUGUGAAGUAAGAUAAAGUGAAAAUCUCGAACACAGCGGUUCGCUUGAAAGCAUGAUAAAUUGAUGGAUUAGAGUGAAGGUGUCAAAAUGUGCCAUUAAUCCCGUCGUGCAAUACUUACACAGUAAGUCAACCGGUCUAGUCAGCGGCCAUCGCGAGCAAAGAGGAGUUUUUUGUUUUAAGUUGACCAGUGUGCAGUAGUGGUGAGACCAACAAGUGAUUGUUCCAACGCACCCAAAAAGGAGCAAUAUCCAAAGCAGUAAAAUAUAUGCUGCAUAGUGAUAGAUAAUGCGAAGCAUAAUUGCUAGUCAUGCUAGUGUGCGUUGAUACCCAUCUCAUAUUGCGGCGUGCUCUGGUUACUGGUGUGUGUGCAUGUGAAAGAGUUUGUGACUCGGGAAAUCCUUUGUGAAACGCAACGUUUCCCAAGUUGCUAUCGUUACGGCGUGUUCAACUUCAAUGAAGCAUCGAUUGCUCCGCUGGAACCGGCUGGCCGAUUGUGGCUGUUGGAACCGCUUCGAGCCGUCGGGCUGGUGCGUCUGAAUCCCGUGAUCCGAAGCAAGUGCAACCACGUUCGAGAAGCAGAUUGUGCAAUAUUCGUGGAAUAGCUGGCCACCAAGACGGUUUCCGCGGUGGAGAAGGUGUAUGGUAGAGAACGAAGGGCGAAGCAAAAAGGUUCCCAGCUGCUUUGAUGUGCUCAGAAUGCCCACCACCAACGAAAGCACACAUUCCGGUUCGACAACGACGACGACGACGAGCACGGCUGUGGCGGCGGCGGCGGCGGCAGCGUCCGCGACCGCCGGUGACGAUCUCGGGAGUACGGAUGAGGUGAAAGUGUUCAAGGACGAGGGCGACCGGGAAGAUGAGAAAGCGUCGUCCGAGAACCUGCUCGAGGAAAAGUUCAAUCUGAUCGAUCUGACGGAAAGUGCGGAAAAUUUGGUGAAAAGUUCGUCUGCGCGGCAAGAUCUUAGCCCACCGUAUGCUACCGCCGGCACUCCCGGUGGUGGUGGUACCGUACCGGUGCCGGAUCGUGCGGUGAGUGCGGGUGCGACCUCGCUGGUUACCGGUGCAGCCGGUGGUGGUACGUCCAGCGCUGGAACGAGCAGUGCGGGCAAGCUAAACUCACCUGACCAUUCACCCGGCUUCAGUAUGGGCUACCUGCCACCCUACCAGUACUCCAGUGGCACCGCCAGUGCACUGCAAGCGGCCGGUACGAUGGGGAAAAUAGGACUGUCCCAGUUCUUUUGCAAUGAGGAUCCUCUCUCCAACCCACCACCAGCCCACUGCGGAAUUCUGCCCUAUCAGCUGGAUUCCAAGGCGAUCGGUUUGUCCGCCCGCCAAUCGCUAUACUCCUUCUCAGCCAGCCAGUACCCGUACCCAUCGAUACUGUCCUCCAACAUGCUACCGGUGCCACCAGCGUGGCACACACCCUCGAUGUACACCACGACACCGACCAGCUUUCGCAACUCGUAUCCCGCUUCCCCGCUGCAAAUAUACACCACGCUGGCCAGUGAUCUCUACUCGCGCUACCAAUCCUCUCAGUCGCUACUCAACUCAGUGCAUUCGCACAACGUGCUGAACCAAAGUCUGCAGCAGGUGAAACAGGAACAGCAGAGUGCGGCAGCGUUGGCAGCGGUCGGUGUUGCUGUCGGUCCCGGAACACCCGGCGCCAGUCAAGACAUAUCGCACAACUACAGCGUGCGGCAACAUGGUGGCCCGCUGGGAGCCCUCAGUCCUGGCAGUAAAUCUGCGAUCGAUCUACCCCAGGAACUGACCAACAGGUUUGGCCGGGCGCAGAGUGUUGGGAGUACGGGUAGCGGUAGCGGCAUCGGUGGCAAUGGUACCGGAAGCAACGCCAGUGGCAACAGCAGUGGAAGCUCCAAGAAAAAGUGUACCUCCGAUCGUGCACAGCACCAUCACCAACAACAGCAACAGCAGCAACAGCAGCAGCAGCAGCAGCAAAACCAGCAACCUAAUCGGCCACAUAUCAAAAAACCGCUCAACGCAUUUAUGCUCUACAUGAAGGAGAUGCGAGCCAAGGUGGUGGCCGAGUGUACGCUCAAAGAGUCGGCCGCCAUCAAUCAGAUCCUCGGCCGUAAAUGGCACUCGCUGUCGCGGGACGAACAGAGCGUGUACUACGAUAAGGCCCGGCAGGAGCGCCAGCUGCACAUGGAGAUGUACCCGGGAUGGACGGCGCGGGACAACUAUGGUUACGGUUCGAAAAAGAAGCGGAAAGCGAAGAAAAAGGACCAACUGGGCUCCGAACCUCCCACCAGGCGUAAGAAAAUAUGUAUACGCAACGAGGAAUCCGACAACUACGACGGCGGCUCGCGGAUGU